AUGACGGAUUUGAGAGCAAUGUUCGCUCGACUUAGUCUAUUUGAUGAUGGAAGUUUGUUAGCUGAGUUGCAAAUUGAGAGUGGCAGUACUUUGGAUUUUGGGCUAAAUAGUGAUGGUGUUCUGUGUUUCCGAGGUCGAAUCUGUGUGCCAAAUGACUCUGAUUUAAGGCAGUUGAUUCUGAGGGAGGCACAUAAUAGCCCUUAUGCUAUGCAUCGCGGUGGUAAUAAAAUGUACCAUGAUCUUUCUAAGUUGUAUUGGUGGCCAGGAUCGAAGCGUGAAGUUACUGAUUUCAUUGCUCAUUGUCUGACGUGUCAGCAAGUUAAGGCUGAGCACCAAUUGCCUUUGAGUUUGCUAUAG